UCUUCCGGCGGGGGCUCAGUCUGCGCCUGCGCGCGCGGCGCUUCCUCUCUCCGCCUCGGCGCCGGGCAGGAAGAUGGCUAAGCGCACCAAGAAGGUUGGGAUUGUGGGUAAAUAUGGUACCCGUUACGGUGCGUCCCUUCGGAAAAUGGUGAAGAAGAUUGAGAUUAGCCAGCAUGCCAAGUAUACCUGCUCCUUCUGUGGCAAGACCAAAAUGAAGCGGAAGGCUGUGGGUAUCUGGCACUGUGGAUCCUGCAUGAAGACAGUUGCUGGUGGUGCUUGGACUUACAAUACCACCUCUGCUGUGACGGUCAAAUCUGCCAUCAGAAGACUGAAGGAAUUGAAAGACCAGUAGAAACUACUUCCCAUUCUCCUUGUGAAACAUCCUUUUUUUCCCUCUGUUAAGAUCUAUCCUAUUGUUGUUUUUAUUUCAACAAUAAAAAGGUAAUAAUGGAGUGGAAUAAUGA